GAAAGCAAGACUGUUUACAAACUAUCCCCACACAUCCGUCGAGUUCGAGUAUCAACUAGUCAAGCGUAUGUGACUUUGAACGUCUGCGAAAUGUCGACCAUCUCGGCGGCGAACCUGCCCACUUCGGCGUCGAUGAUCAGUCGUACGCAAGCAAGUGGAGGUGUGCAACCUGGUAUAAAGUGUAUGGUCUGCGGCCAGUUCGACAGACUGCUUAGGUGCUCACGGUGCAAAGCUGCUGUUUACUGUUCUAGAGAGCAUCAGAAACUCGACUGGAAACGACACAAAUCACUUUGUUCGACGCAUGCAUCUGAAACGAAUUCUGCGAGGUCGUUUACACACAACGCUAUUUCUAGUCAAGUACUAGACGCUGUAAAAAAGUCGGAAUUCAUGACGAAUAACUAUAACCUCAACGAGGUGCUCUUCAAGGAACCAGUGGCUGGACCUUCGGUUGAUCGAUUCCGUGAAUCGACGAAAAGUACGGACGGUUGGACGUCGCCGAUAACAUCGGAGGGGAGCUCGGAAGCAACAAUUUUGGGAGCCACCGCAGAAUCUCUAAAUCCAACAUUGGAGGGACAAAACGAAGCAGGCAUGCUGUCCCAUGAAUUUAACGGCGUGAAAGACUUUCCUCAAUUAGGCCUUAAUGACAACGAGUCACAACUGACAGUUUAUCAAAAAAUCAAGAACGGUUUAAUCGACGACAUCUGUGAAGGAGUGAUCAAAGACAUGAACACUUACGGUUUGUGUGCAUUGGACCGAUUUAUGGGUGACGAGAUCGGUCUCGCAGUGUUGGAUGAAGUUUUGGACGUAUAUAGUGCAGGUUUAUUUAAAGAUGGUCAAUUAGUAUCUAAUGCCGGUGCAAAUGACUCGAGAACUAUUCGCAGCGAUCAGAUAGCCUGGUUGCAUGGGAAAGAAGAAAAAUGUCCCAACAUAGGCUUGCUCAUUUCCCAGGUUGAUGCUAUUAUUAUGAGGGCGAACAAAAUGCACAACAAUGGGAAAUUGGGAGAAUACACAAUAAACCAAAGAACUAAGGCGAUGGUGGCUUGUUAUCCUGGUCACGGUACACAUUACGUUAAACAUGUAGAUAAUCCAAAUGGUGACGGAAGGUGUAUCACAGCUAUAUAUUACCUCAACAGACAUUGGGACGUUAGAAAAAACGGUGGUUUGCUGAGGAUAUUUCCCACAUGUUGGAAGGAGUCAGUCGCGAACAUCGAACCAUAUUUUGAUAGAAUUCUGUUCUUUUGGUCUGACAAAAGAAAUCCACAUGAGGUUCAACCGGCGUACGAAACAAGAUACGCUAUUACAUUAUGGUACUUUGAUGCAGAAGAGAGGAAAAGGGCUCUUCAAACAUAUAAGAGGCAACGUAAAGGGGUCAUGCUGACCGAAAAUUCGUGAAACGUGUGGUAAGGAGGGCUGAAACAAUGUCCGUUGACUGAAAUCGCAUGGUAACACUUCAAUUCUGAAACUUGUACAUAUAGUGAUGAAUGAUGUAAGUAACAUUGUAUUAAAUCGUUCCUUCGUGUUCUAAAAUGAUUUUAACCCGAACCGACUCAAAUAAUUUUUAAGUACGUGAAAAUGCUUAGAUUAUUACACGGAUUCACUUUCAAACAAUUUUGUGAAUCGUUUUUGUUUCAAGCGUAAGGAAACAGGAAAAUGUGAGAGCUAUUAGUAAGUGUUUUGUAUUUUCGAUGAAAGAUAUAUUUGUAAAUCCUGAUUAUGUAAAACAACAUAAAUUUAGUUGCAUUAUUUUCUCGAGAGUAUUCAAUUAUCUCUUCCUACCGUCGCCAAGAAAAAUAAUAAUAAUAUUAAUAAUAAUUUAAGCGGAGCGUUAACUCGUAGUUUUUUAUGUGGCAAGCGGAUUUGAUUUAUAGAAUGCAAUUAAAACUCCAUGAUAAUGUGUGCAAUAGUAACGAAGACACUUGUUUGUUUCGGAUGAAGAGAGCUUAAUGAUAUAUCCACGUUUUGCAAGUUGAGAUUUUAUCUUUGGUUUCUCUCCAAUCUAUUUCUGACUUUAUACACAUUGAGUUGUUGAUAGUCUACAUAAUUACAGUCUUAUCAAUCUCUUCCUAUCUUUGUAUCCGGAGUUUUCGCGACAGCAACAACUGAAAUUACAUUCUGUGAUGUAUUUAAAAUAGAUUAAUUGUAACGACCUCAUCAAUUCAUUUCUCAUUUUUUUUUUCACGAUAAUGCUGGGUAAUGCUCAGGAAAAAAGAAAGCGUCAAAUCAACUCAUUUCGGUCUGGAGAGAAUACAAAUCUCAGAAUACAUCGAUUUUAAUUUAAGUAAGAAUAUCCUUUUUGCCAAAUUUCGAUAUUUAAAAUAUAAUGGCAGGUGAAUUCAUUUUAGAAAAGCAAUUUAUGCUGAAAUAAUUUCUCAUGAUGGAGCGCUCUUCAUGAUAUGGCGUAUUUGAGCAAAAAAAAGUAGUAAAAAGAAAAAUUCACGACUGUAAGAAUUUAGUGCAGAAAAUAACUUCGUAUUUUAAAAUGUAUAACUUGGCAGUUAUGUAGAUUUACGAUCGGCAGUGACUACUUCCAUUAUAAUUCGAGAUAUUGGAAAACACUUGUACCUGUCAUAUUGUUAUGCGAAAAAAAUGUCUGCGAACAUUCAUGCGAAUAUUUAUGUAAAGGAACUACAUACAGUGCAUGUCUUGAGAGAAAAAAAAAGUAAACUGAAAGCUUAAUUGAUCAAUGGGAAUACAGAUUGUUGAUAUAGCAUGCAUUUUUUUAUUGGAGAUUUGAGUUUUCCCAGAUAAUCGAUAAUUAUUAUCGAGUAAUUAACUUAUUUUUAUGCUCAGAUUGAGAAUAUUCGCAUCAUUAUUAUCUUAGUACUAAAUUUGUUGUAAGAUACGAGUAUCAACCGAAAUGACUCUUAGAGCAUUGUAAAAGUGAAGGAGUUUAUUAUAAGCGAAAGCUGUAAUAAAACUGUACAUAGUC